ACGAGAUACCACCUGUGACGUUGAUAUAAUGGUCGAGGUGGUAGUCAAUCCCCUCCCCAUCCUGCUGGGCUGGGAUAGUGCCAAUUCAGGCUUUCGCACCAGCGCCCAUGAGAGCGAUGUUGAGGCAAAUCGCCAAUCAUUUCCUUUUCUUUACGAUGACUUAGACCAACCUGAAGCCCUCAAAACCUCCGCGGAGGCUCUACAGCGUAAUGCCAACGUAGCUAUCCAGCAAUAUUAUCAAUCAGAGGACGAGAUCGACCCCCUCUUCUUGCUGAAGCUCUUGGGUCAUUGGAAUCCGCCUUGGUUUGCGUCAGGGUUAGACUCCGCUUUCGUAAUCCUCGCAGCGCACAACCCUGAGCUUGUAAUUCGACUUCACGUUCUACUUAAAGAGCUUACGACCUUGAAGGACGUUGAUGAGGACUUUCCGAAAUUCGAGCUGUAUAACCCAUACUCGAACGGGAAUCAAGCACUUUGCCUGCUACAUGGGCAGACGCUGCUCACUUAUCCUCACAGAUGGGAAUGGAACAAGGUGUUCAACAUCUGGAGAAAUGGUACACUAUCUCAGCUACGCGACAGGGUCGCAGCUUUUGAGUCGGCGCUUCAAAAGCCACGAGAAAGUUGGACGGUGCUCCUGAGCUUGAUUGAAAGUCUCCGAAUAGAAGUUCCCCUUGGAAUCAUGGAGCAGCUGCGCGUGGGUGUGGAUGCGACGUUUGGCUUCUUUGAUGGGAAGGUUCAGGAGUGUCGGAAUACCAUUACGACCUUGGAAAAGGAGGAGCAAGCAAAACUCUCACUCGUACCCGAACCGGGCAUAUUCAAGACUCCUUCCAUGUCUUCGGCCAUUGAGGUCAUUUCGAUCGACAUGAACAAACUUCGGCCACGGACAGGACAGUCCAAAGGGCCCGGUCCGAAGAAGCUGCAAAAGAAACCCCCUCAGAUGGGAAGUGGAGGUAAGACUAUGGCAUCAAGGAGUCGAUCGAACCUAAAAGAGCCCAAGCUCUGGCGCACUCUCUGCUUUUCCCUCGUCACCUGGCUUGUAGUGGUAUCAGUCCCUUUCACUGUGCUUUCAACAUUCCUAUGCGAGGCCCCCGACGGCGUUCCCAUGUACGACAGCAACUUCCACUCAACACUGAGCCAACAACUAUUAGGGUUCGGCGGGCUCUAUGCCAUUGUCAAGCCUCAGCUAAUGCAAUGGUUUUCUGCACUCGGUUGGUUCAAGGAAAAAGGGAAGAAGCCUCCCAAAGGCAUAGAGACGAAGUGGCCCAUUACUUUCAACUGCUUGGUCAGCCUAGCUUUCGUCACUUUGCUGGCUAGCGCACCGGUCUAUCCGUAUUAUCCUCAGUCCAGUAUUCCACUUGGUGCUGUGGCGGCGAUCUGCGCCAAUCUUGCGACGUUGCUCAUCAUUGAAGACACUGGGAGCCAAAUUGUGGAACAAGUGUACAAGAUUGAAGAGCAAUAUGAUGAAAUCUCGGAACUGAAUCAUGAGCUACAGGACCUGCGUGGAAGAGCUUGAAGAGGCAUUGGGGCGCAAGUUUAGACCAGGUAUCAAUAGAUCCGAGAUACGCAUGGGACCGGGGUGUAUUCAAGUGCCAUUAGCUACUUUGGAUCGUGGGAUUGACGACUUGGUGCAUCAUUGACUGCCUUACGGCUGACCAUCUCCACUAGCUUCUACACCCAACACCAGCACCCCCAUCUCUUCCAAUUCUGUUAGAACUUCCGACUCCCCAAUCGCCAAAUCCAAUAGAGCUU